AUGCAGCUGGGCGAGCCGCUGCUGGCGGCGGCAGCGGCGACCCUGCCGGGAGCUCCCUUCUACCCGCUGGAGGGCGGCGGGCGCGGUGGUGGGACCGGAGCCGGGACCGGGGCAGGCGGUGCGUCCCGCGGGGCUCCCCGGCCGGGCUCGCCACAACGACUCGACAUGGACAAGACUCCCAAGAAGUUCGGAGCGGCCCCCGCCAUGCUGGGCGAGGCGGAUGGGGGCGAGCCGCCCUUCGCCGCCCCGAAGCCGGACGGCCGCAAGGCCACCCCUUGUGGGGAGGAGGAGCUCCCCCCUGCCGCCGCCGGCCCCCGCUAUUCCAUGGACAGUCUCAGCCCCGAGCGCUACUACCUGCAGUCUCCCGGGCCUCCCGGGGCCGAGCUAGGGGGGCCCUGCGCCCUCUUCCCCUACCCGCCGGCGGCGCAGCACGGAGCCGUUUACCAGCCGCCCGGAGGGCCGCGCUACCCCUAUGGCUCUGUAUUGUCUUCGGGUGGUUUCGCCGGCACCGUCUGCCCUCCCGGCGGCCGGGCGCAAUUCGGCGGUGGCAGCGGGUACCAGUAUGGGCAGCCGGCGGCCGGCACACCACUGUACGGGCCUUACCCAGCAGCGUCGGGCUCCUGCGGCGGGCUUGGAGCUCUGGGGAUGCCGGCCGCCGGCCCUGGGCUGCGGGCACAGGUUUUCCUCUGCAACCGCCCCCUUUGGCUUAAGUUCCACCGGCACCAGACGGAGAUGAUCAUCACCAAGCAGGGCCGGAGGAUGUUUCCUUUCCUGAGCUUUAAUAUCACCGGCCUCAACCCCACGGCUCACUACAACGUCUUUGUGGAGGUGGUGUUGGCGGACCCCAACCACUGGCGUUUUCAGGGGGGCAAGUGGGUCACCUGCGGCAAAGCCGACAACAACAUGCAAGGUAACAAGGUGUACGUGCACCCCGAGUCGCCCAACACCGGGGCUCACUGGAUGAGACAGGAGAUCUCUUUCGGGAAGCUGAAGCUAACGAACAACAAAGGUGCUAACAACAACAACGCACAGAUGAUAGUACUGCAAUCUCUACACAAGUACCAGCCUCGGCUUCACAUUGUGGAAGUGACUGAAGAUGGUGUUGAAGAUGUGAAUGAUUCCUCAAAGACUCAAACAUUUAUUUUUCCUGAAACACAGUUCAUAGCAGUUACAGCGUAUCAAAACACUGAUAUUACCCAGCUCAAAAUCGACCAUAAUCCCUUUGCAAAAGGCUUCAGAGACAACUAUGACUCCAUGUACACAGCUUCAGAAAAUGACAGAUUAACUCCAUCUCCCACGGAUUCUCCUAGAUCCCACCAGAUUGUCCCUGGUACCCGGUACAGUGUGCAACCAUUCUUCCAAGAACAGUUUGUCAACAACCUGCCCCCAGCCAGGUUUUACAAUGGUGAGAGAACAGUCCCUCAGGCAAAUGGCUUGCUCUCACCGCAGCAGAAUGAAGAGGUGGCCAGCCCUCAGCGGUGGUUUGUUACACCCGUACAGCAGCCCGGUGCCAACAAGUUGGACAUGAACUCCUAUGAGACAGAGUAUUCUUCUAGCACCUUGCUCCCUUACAGCAUUAAAUCCCUUCCCCUUCAGACAUCCCAUGCUUUGGGAUACUACCCUGACCCGACAUUUCCAUCCAUGACAGGCUGGGGGAGCAGGGGAUCUUACCAGCGGAAAAUGACAACAGGAUUAUCCUGGACCUCCAGAACAAGUCCCCCAGGCUUCUCUGAAGACCAGCUUUCCAAGGAGAAGGUAAAAGAAGAACUCGGCUCAUCUUGGAUAGAGACUCCACCUUCCAUAAAGUCUCUAGAUUCAAAUGAUUCUGGAGUCUACAUUGGUGCUUGUAAGAGAAGACGACUCUCCCCUAGCACUUCCAGCAAUGAAAAUUCCCCGACUAUGAAAUGCGAGGACAUUAAUGCUGAGGACUAUAACAAAGACACUUCAAAAGGCAUGGGUUACUACUCAUUCUAUACUAGUUCUUAA